AAGCGCUACACUGCAAUGAGGGCUGGGAAUAAUCCACAGACUAAUCGUCAAAGUUCUACUAAAAAUACCUUAAACAUGUCCACUCCAUCAGACAAGGUCCUGAGGAAAUUUGAAAACAAAAUUAACCUGGAUAGACUGAGCUAUGCUGAUUCUGUGAUUAAUAAAGUCACUGUGAUGCGAAAGCAGAAGGAAGCAGACACGUUUCGAGUAAAGGACAAAUCAGACCAAGCUACAGUUGAACAGGUUUUGGACCCCCGUACACGUAUGAUUCUGUUUAAAAUGCUCAGCAGAGGAGUCUUUUCAGAGAUCAAUGGCUGUAUCAGCACAGGCAAAGAGGCAAAUGUCUACCAUGCAACUACUGCAAAAGGAGAAAGCAGAGCUAUCAAAAUAUACAAAACAUCAAUUCUACUUUUCAAAGACCGAGAUAAAUGUGUCAGUGGUGAAUUCAGGUUUAGACAUGGCUAUUGCAAGGGCAACCCUAGAAAAAUGGUGCGCACUUGGGCUGAGAAGGAAAUGAGAAACUUGAUCAGACUACAGACCGCACAGAUUCCAAGUCCAGAGCCCAUCAUGUUGCGGAGUCAUGUUCUCGUCAUGAGCUAUAUUGGUCGAGAUGACAUGCCCGCCCCCCUGCUGAAAAACACUGUCCUUUCAGAAUCCAAAGUGCGGGAACUCUACCUGCAGAUCAUCCAGAACAUGAGAAUAAUGUACAAUGAAGCUUGUCUGUUCCACGCUGACCUUAGCGAGUUCAAUAUGCUGUAACAUAAUGGAGAUGCUUAUAUCAUUGACGUCUUUCAGUCCAUUGAGCACGAUCAUCCUCAUGCUUUAGAGUUUCUUCGCAAGGAUUGCAGCAAUGUCAAUGACUUGUUCCAGAAACAAAAUGUGGCAGUUAUGACAUAUGUGCGUGAGCUGUUUGAGUUUAUCACAGAGCCCUCAAUCACAAGUGACAACAUUAAUCAGUAUUUGUACAAGGCGAUGGAGAUAGCAACUGAAAGAACUGCAGAGGACAGAUCCAAUCAGGACAAAGUUGAUGAGGAGGUGUUUAAGAAAGCCUACAUUCCACGCACACCUACUGAAGUCACCCAAAAUGAGAGGGAUGUGGACACAAUGUUGAAGAAAAAGGAGGAUGCUUCUUCUGAAGAUACAAACACAGACAAUAUCCUCUACCAGACAGUGACAGGCCUCAGAAAGGAUCUUUCUGGAGUGCAAACAGUACCCUCCAUACUGGAAGACUCCACAAAGGGUGAUAGUUCAAGCUCUGAGGGAGAGGAGGAGGAGGAUGAUGAGAAGUCAGAAGGGGAAGACACAGGAGAGGGCGGCAGACACACUGAGGAAGCACAGCUGGACAGAAAAGAAAGAAAGAAAAUGGUUAAAGAAGCUCAGAGGGAGAAAAGAAAAAAUAAAGUGCCGAAGCAUGAGAAAAAGCGCAAGGAGAAAGUUACCAAAAUGAAGAAAGGAAGAUGA